AACCAAAUUGAGGUUAUAUUUAUAUGCUUGGCACAGAUGUGUUUAAUUGAAAUAUUUCAAAUGCAAACGACCAGGGAAUUCACACUUAAAACUAAAAGAGGAAAUAUUCUAAAGAUUGUACGUGAACAUUAUUUGCGUACGGACUUGGGAUGUGGCUCCGAUCUAUGCAAACAGUGCGAGCAUGUUAACGAUACUGUUGUACUUCAUGCAGAUCGUAACGUGAAAAGUGAACUUUUCAAUUUCCCGCAUUAUUUGGUGUUGGAUACGAAUGUUAUACUUCAUCAAAUCGAUGUCCUUGAAGAGGAUGCAAUUCGCAACGUUAUAAUAUUGACUACGGUUCUAAAUGAGGUGAAACAUCGUAGUUCAGCUGCGUAUAAGCGGCUAUUGGAUAUUAUUCAGGAUAAAUCACGUGGCUUCUAUGUUUUUGUGAAUGAGCAUCAUAGAGAUACAUAUGUGGAGCGGAAACCGGGGGAAUCGUCAAAUGACCGAAAUGACCGGGCAAUUCGUUUUGCCACCAAUUGGUAUGAUGCGCAUUUGCUGAUGGCCCAAGAACGAAAUGGUUCAAAGAAUGAAGCAACAAGAGUCGUGCUUCUGACAGACGACGCGAUCAACAUGCAACAUGCCGAAAAGGAUGGAAUUCUUGUAGCCAAUGUGUACGAUUAUACAAAAGGUCUUACUGAUCAUCCCAUGCUAAUAGAUAAAUACGCUCAAAAAGACAUUGAGAAAGAGAAUACAUCCCAUGCUAUAUAUCCUUCUCAUCUCAGUGCUAAUGAAAUUUUGACUGGUAUUCGGAACAAAAGGCUUCUGCAAGGGGCAUUUCAAGCUUGUCGCGAAAAUUUUCUUGAGGGAACUGUCACAGUUGAAGGAUAUGAGAAGCCAAUUCUUAUCCAAAGCAGAGAAUCAUUAAAUCGGGCAGUUGAUGGCGAUAUUGUUGCGAUUGAACUAUUGCCGGAAGAGCAAUGGUCCGUCCCAAGUGAAAUUGUGCUUGAGGAAACUGAAUUAGAUGAACAGAGUGACCAGACUAGCGACGGCAUUAACAAAACCUUAACGGCUGUUAUUGCUACGGCGGCCAUUAAAAGUAACAAGCAACCAACUGGCAAAAUAGUUGGUAUAAUUGUGCGCAAAAGACGUCAGUAUUGCGGAGUUCUGCAGCCUAGUCUUUUGGCCAAUGCAACUCGUCACAUAUUUAUUCCUGCGGAUCGUAAAAUUCCUCGAGUCCGUAUUGAAACCCGCCAAGCUGAAAAAUUGAAUAAUCAACGCAUUGUAGUGACUAUAGAUAGUUGGCCUCGCACUUCCCGCUAUCCCCAUGGGCACUUCGUUCGAUCGCUGGGACCUUUAGGUGAUGUGGACACAGAGAAUGAAGUCAUUCUGUUGGAACAUGAUGUGCCCCAUAGCAAAUUUUCUGAAGAAGUUCUUAAUUGUCUACCCAAAAUGCCUUGGAUUAUAACUCCUGAAGAUUACGCGGCACGUGUAGAUCUCCGAGAUAUUAAUAUAUGCUCAGUAGAUCCGCCUGGUUGUACAGAUAUUGACGAUGCUUUACAUUGCCGCGAAUUAUUAAAUGGGAACCUGGAAGUUGGUGUACACAUAGCCGAUGUUAGCCAUUUCAUUCGGCCUGGAACUGCACUUGAUAAAGAAGCUGCCAGUCGCGGUACAACCGUAUACCUUGUGGGGAAACGCAUUGAUAUGGUACCAGAGUUGCUGAGUUCAAAUCUUUGUUCUCUAGUAGGAGAGCAAGAAAGAUUUGCUUUCUCCUGCAUUUGGGAAAUGGAUACGGAAGCUAACAUAUUAAGUAAAAGAUUUCACAAAAGCGUCAUCAAAUCUAAAGCAGCAUUGACCUAUGAGCAAGCGCAGAUCCUAAUAGACGAUAGUUCACAAGCUGGAGAAAUAGCCAAGUCUCUACGCCACUUAAACAAAUUAGCAAAGAUUCUUAAAAAACGGCGUAUGGACAACGGAGCUCUUGUAUUAGCUUCGCCGGAAAUUCGUUUUCAAGUUGACAGCGAAACUCAUGAGCCACUCGAAGUUGAAGCGAAACAAUUACGAGAUACCAACUCUAUGGUAGAAGAAUUUAUGUUAUUGGCCAACAUAACAGUUGCUGAACAUAUACUGUUGGAGUUUCCGCAAUGCGCCUUAUUACGACGCCAUCCAAGACCUCCGCCUGCUAACUUUGAUCCCCUUGUCAAAGCAGCACAAAACCAAGGAUUCGAAGUGAAAGUCGACAGCGGCUUUGAAUUGGCAAAUUCUCUCGAUACUUGUGUAAAGCCAACGAACGCCUACUUUAACAUAAUGAUACGCAUAUUGGCUACUCGUUGCAUGAUGCAAGCACUUUAUUUCAUUAGUGGCACUUUGCAAAAAGAUCAAUAUUUUCAUUAUGGUCUAGCAGCUCCCAUAUAUACACAUUUCACUUCACCUAUACGCAGAUAUUCGGACAUCAUUGUGCAUCGACUUUUGGCUGCCUGCAUUGGUGCAGAUAGCACGUAUACAGAGCUCUUGGACAAGCAGCGCAAUGAGGAACUUUGUCACAAUUUGAAUUACCGUCAUAAAAUGGCGCAGUACGCUUCUCGAGCAUCGGUCGCUCUAAAUACACAUUUAUUCUUCCGCGGUAAGGCGCAGGAUGAAGAAGGCUAUGUAUUGUUUGUACGUAAAAAUGCUUUACAAGUUCUUAUACCGAAAUUCGGAUUAGAAGGAACGAUCUAUUUGAAUUCCCUCAAAGAUGACACAAGAAAUAUCACGAAUGGUGCGGUUUUUACAUUUAAUGAAGAGAGUUAUACCCAACGUUGUGGAGAUGUGGAAUUCCAUGCUUUUGAUCCCGUUACCGUUCGUUUAAGUCUUGAUUCCACUAACGUGCAGCAUGAAAAAUUAAUUUUUCAAUUAGUGAAACCAUACAUUAAAGGAUUCAGUGUGGAAUUAAAUGAAGAUAUUCAGGAAAAUGAAUCUUCAUUAGCAGCUCCUUCCCCGCAAAAAAGGAGUAAAAAGCUGAAGAAACGAAAGAAAAGAGAGAAGACAGAAAACGAAGAAAGCGGGAGAAUAAAACACAAGGCUUAAUUAAUAGUUCCACAGACUCAUUGCAUUUAAUCAACAAAU